AAAUUUAAGGAUCUUGUGUUAUUGGUACUCCCCUUUUAACUAAAUCUGGGAUUCCAAGAUGUCUUCCCUUGGAGGAACCUUUGUUAACAAUUUUUGGAUGUGGGUGCUUUGGCUGAUUCCCUUGUCCCUCGCUCAGAUUGUUAUGCCUCCGACUAACGACUCGUUUUUAAAAGAUCCUUGUAAGAAAACAUCUACUUGUGAAUCUUUGAAAUAUAAUACAUGCUUAGGGUCGCCUUUACCUUACAGCCAGACGUCCAUCAUCUUGGCAGAGGACUCCAGUUCUCAAGAAGAAGCCCACGAAAAACUGAUUUUGUGGUCAGGGCUCCGGAAUGCUCCUCGGUGCUGGGCUGUCAUCCAGCCAUUGCUGUGCGCCAUUUACAUGCCUAAAUGUGAGAAUGGCAAGGUAGAGCUACCCAGUCAAAAAUUGUGUCAGACUACAAGGCAACCAUGUGCCAUUGUGGACCGCGAAAGAGGAUGGCCCAACUUUUUGAAGUGUACUUUAGACCGUUUCCCAGAUGGCUGUCCAAAUGAAGUUCAGAAUAUCAAGUUCAAUAACUCUGGUCAGUGUGAGGCCCCUCUGGUGCGGACAGAUAACCAGAAGAGCUGGUAUGAAGAUGUGGAGGGCUGUGGAAUCCAGUGCCAGAAUCCUCUCUUUACGGCCCAGGAGCACCGUGAAAUGCAUGUUUACAUUGCUGCUUUUGGCUCUGUUACCAUCUUCUGUACGUUUUUUACACUGGCCACAUUUGUUGCUGACUGGAAGAACUCAAACCGCUACCCUGCUGUCAUCCUUUUCUAUGUCAAUGCAUGUUUCUUUAUUGGCAGCAUCGGAUGGGUGGCUCAGUUCAUGGAUGGGGCACGAAAUGAGAUAGUCUGCAAGGCAGAUGGCACCAUGAGACUUGGAGAGCCAACGUCAAAUGAAACUCUGUCGUGUGUGAUCAUCUUUAUUAUUGUUUACUACUCCCUAAUGUCAGGAGUUAUUUGGUUCGUCAUGCUAACUUACGCUUGGCACACUUCAUUUAGAGCCCUUGGAAGUACCUACCAGCCUCUGUCAGGAAAGACAUCCUACCUUCAUCUGAUCACAUGGUCCAUCCCCUUCGUGCUCACUGUUGCUAUAUUGGCUGUGGCACAGGUGGAUGGAGAUUCCGUCAGUGGCAUCUGCUUUGUCGGUUACAAGAACUACCACUACAGAGCUGGUUUUGUUUUGGCUCCCAUUGGCCUGGUUCUUAUCAUUGGAGGCUACUUCCUCAUAAGAGGAGUAAUGACCUUGUUUUCCAUCAAAAGCAACCACCCUGGUCUCCUAAGCGAGAAGGCAGCUAGCAAGAUUAAUGAGACCAUGCUGCGGCUAGGUAUUUUUGGAUUCUUAGCCUUUGGGUUUGUGCUCAUAACGUUUGGCUGUCAUUUUUAUGAUUUCUUUAACCAAGCAGAAUGGGAACGAAGCUUCAGGGACUAUGUACUAUGUGAAGCGAAUGUGACCAUUGCUACUGAGACCAACACACCCAUUCCAGACUGUGACAUAAAGAACAGGCCCAGCCUGUUGGUAGAGAAGAUCAAUCUCUUUGCCAUGUUUGGGACUGGCAUUUCCAUGAGUACUUGGGUAUGGACAAAAGCCACACUUCUCAUUUGGAAACGGACUUUGUGCAGAAUUAUUGGGCAGGGAUAUGAUGAGCCGAAGAGAAUUAAAAAAAGCAAAAUGAUAGCCAAAGCUUUCUCGAAAAGGAAAGAACUGCUGCAGAACCCUGAGAAGGAACUUUCUUUCAGUAUGCACACCGUCUCCCAUGAUGGGCCUGUUGCUGGGUUAAAUUUGGACCUGAAUGAACCAUCUGCUGAUGUAUCAUCUGCCUGGGCCCAGCAUGUCACCAAAAUGGUUGCAAGAAGAGGAGCCAUCUUGCCGCAGGAUAUCUCCGUAACACCAGUUGGAACACCAGUGCCACCAGAAGACAGGAAGAACAAUAUGUGGCUUGUACAAGCAGAGAUCCCACCAGAGCUUCUAACGAAAGCUGGGAAGAAAAAGAAAAGAAAGAAAAGGAAGGAACUGCAGCCGCCAGUGGAUGGAUACGAUGUAGGUCACUACAGUGAGCAGAUGGCCAGCUCUGUCCCCAGGUUACCUAAGUUACCAGGCCAGAGGUGCCUCGUCACCAGACACAGAAAGCCUGAGUCGGUAGAGGAGGUGCUUCCAGGUUCUCUUCCUGAAUACAGACCCAGCGCUGCCUUUUGUGAUAGAAGAUUCCCUGCUGGAACUUCAGACAGCUUCUCAGACUGUAAAAGAUAUACCACACUUAACCUCAUAGUGAAUCCUGUGGCACAGCAUAUAGAAUCGGGAUUUGUAGUGGGCAGCAGGUUCCGAUCUCCCACAGGAUUGCAAAGCGGCAUGUUUCGACACUCCACAACAGAUGUGGAGCCCACAUUUUUGCCAGUUGGGAAUCUCCCAUAUGUUCCAAGGACUUCACACAGAGGGAUGGAACCUGCACCCAUUCACUCACGGACUAACCUGAUGGACACUGAACUGAUGGAUGCAGACUCUGACUUCUGAUGCCAAAAGGCUGCCCUGAGAUCAAAUCAUAAUAUCUGAAAAGCAGUGAAAGUCUUAGAGCAGUACAGAAGUGAAGUAUAGACUUUUACUAGCUGAACAUUUCUAACGAGAUGCCUUGGUGUGACAUCACUUGUAAGAAGGAUUACUCUGUCUUGUAAUAAUACAGUAGUAAUACUUUCUGACGGCUGUAGAAGAAUGGAUGUUAAUUGUCAGAACUGAAUGACAAUUAGCAGUAUUUCCUCAUUAUGAUUAUCCUGGCUUUGCAGCACUGAUCACAGCACUUGAGAAGUAUCCCAUAAUAGUAUCUAAGCUGAUGACCAUUAUUAUAUCAGACUGAUUUCACCACUUUUCAAGUGUGUUCCUUGUCCCCAAAGCGUAUGAAGCCAAGAAAAUUGUUGUUAAUCUUGUUUUUGUGGCCGCUCAGUGUAGAAUGAAAAAUUGUGGUUUGUACAGUGCUAUGCGACACAUUUGAAUACUGAGUUUGUCAUAAUAUGAGUAAUAUAACUACAAUAUACCAAAUAGACUGAAAUCAUAUGGCAGCUAUUUUUAUAUACAUUUUGGCAGAUGCCAUCUGCACUUACAGUGUGGAGUGACAAAAUACGUGGGACUUAUUUUUAUACGUUUGUUUUGAUUCUUGAUAUACCCCCAAAGUAUUGGCUUGCAUUUUUUAUUGCAGAAGGAUUCCCCCAUGGAACAGUAGGAUCCUAAUCACCUCACUUCAAGACAUUUAGAAACAUUAGAUUUGUGACUUGUUUUUGUAGUUACCCAUAUCAUAGUUCUGAUAUUUAUGAAUAGCUACUAUUCCUCUGAAACUGUGAUAUAAACAAGUUGUGAUAUUUGUUGUUUGUACGUCAUCUUCAUCAAAUUUCUGUUGCGACCAAACUGUAGAAGAGGAGCCACAAACAGAAAGUUUACAACCUGACCUUAGUUUUUGACAUCAUAAAAUUUUGAGUUGUUGAACUUCAGUUAAUCCUUUUAUAAAGUCCACUUGUUUGAUUAAAGUUUUUUUAGGAUACUACAGACAAUAAAUGUAAUUAAGAUAUUAGAGAAAUAGACCAAAUGUGUUUCUGCCUUAUUAUGCCAGGUGAUGAUGGGUGUAAUAUUACAGAACACUGGCAGUUACUACAAAGCAAAAAAUGGGUUUGCAAGUGGUAAUGUGAUGGUUGUGGGGCAGAAGAUGCAACAUGUUGAUGGGUUCAUAAUUUGAAUGUGCACUGAUGUGUUUUCUUGUCACAUUUCACAUGUACCACCAUUUUAUAAAAGUAAAACUCAUUUGUACA